GGUUCAUGAAUCAUCGCGUCCCGUCCAACCGCAGGUACCAGCCGACGGAGUACGAGCACGCGGCGAACUGUGCCACCCAUGCAUUCUGGAUCCUGCCCAGCAUCCUCGGCAGCUCCAUCCUCUACAUCCUCUCUGAUGACCAGUGGGAAACCAUCUCAGCCUGGAUCUAUGGCUUUGGCUUGUCCAGCCUCUUCAUCGUCUCCACCAUCUUCCACACCAUCUCCUGGAAGAAGAGGCAUCUCAGGACCGUGGAGCACUGCUUGCACAUGUUUGACAGGAUGGUGAUCUACUUCUUCAUCGCGGCGUCGUAUGCUCCCUGGCUGAACCUGCGGGAGUUGGGUCCCUGGGCCUCCCACAUGCGAUGGAUCAUCUGGAUCAUGGCGUCUAUCGGGACUGUCUACGUUUUCUUCUUCCAUGAGCGGUACAAGCUGGUGGAGCUGGUGUGCUACGUUAUCAUGGGCUUCUUCCCCGCCUUGGUCAUUCUCUCCAUGCCCAACAGGGAUGGCCUCCCGGAGCUGGUGGCCGGUGGACUCUUCUACUGCCUGGGCAUGGUCUUCUUCAAAAGUGACGGCCGCAUCCCCUUCGCCCAUGCCAUCUGGCACCUCUUUGUGGCCAUCGGAGCUGGCAUCCACUACUACGCCAUUUGGAGGUACCUCUACCGGCCUGGCACGCUGGAGGCUAAAACACCUCGGUAGAUGCCUUAAAGACAUAGUUUGCACCAACUGGCACAUGGGGGCAUGGAGGGGAGCGGGGAGGCAGCCUGCGCCGUGGGCUCGCCCCGAACCACC